CCAGGUCGAGUCCCGCAGUGGGUUUCGCCCGAUCGAAUCGAGGGUUUCGGCAUCCUCGGGGAAAACGCAGGCGACGAGGUCGGCUUGGAGCUGUCUUGGUCGAUCACGGAUCCACUUCUUCGGUUGGCGUUGGAAUCGGCACACGGAAUGGCUAUAAAGUCGAGUUCAGGAGAGGGAAGGACCAGGAGCUCAUUAACCAUAAUUAUUGUGGUCGGCCUCUGUUGCUUUUUCUAUGUUUUGGGUGCAUGGCAGAGGAGUGGUUUUGGGAGGGGUGAUAGUAUUGCACUACAGGUUACUCAGCAGACAGAAUGCACAAUUUCACCGAAUCUAAACUUUGAGACCCACCAUGGUGGAUCAGGCAGCCUUAGUGAUCUUGGUGAUUCAGUAGUCAAGACAUUUGAGGCGUGCCAUGACCGUUACACUGAUUACACUCCUUGCCAGGAUCAAAAGCGGGCCAUGACCUUCCCACGAGAGAACAUGAUCUACAGAGAGAGACAUUGCCCGCUUGAUAAGGAGAAACUGUAUUGUCUUAUACCAGCACCUAAGGGAUAUGUUGCCCCUUUUCCAUGGCCUAAGAGCCGUGAUUAUGUUCCCUAUGCUAAUGUCCCAUACAAGAGCUUGACAGUCGAGAAGGCUGUUCAGAAUUGGGUUCAGUAUGAGGGCAAUGUAUUCAGGUUUCCUGGCGGAGGAACGCAGUUCCCACAAGGCGCAGACAAAUAUAUAGACCAACUUGCAUCUGUUAUUCCAAUUGCUAAUGGAACUGUCAGAACUGCAUUAGACACUGGUUGCGGGGUUGCUAGUUGGGGUGCUUAUUUGUUGAAAAGGAAUGUGUUAGCCAUGUCGUUUGCACCAAGGGACUCUCAUGAGGCACAGGUACAGUUCGCGCUAGAACGAGGUGUUCCUGCAGUUAUUGGUGUCCUUGGCUCAAUUAAGCUUCCAUACCCAUCUAGAGCCUUUGAUAUGGCUCACUGUUCAAGGUGCUUGAUUCCGUGGGGUGCAAAUGAUGGAAUUUACAUGAUGGAGGUGGAUAGGGUUCUCAGGCCUGGUGGUUAUUGGGUACUUUCAGGCCCGCCAAUUAACUGGAAGAGUAACUAUCAGGCAUGGCAGCGUACAAAAGAGGAUCUUUCAGAGGAACAAGAGAAGAUAGAGGAAAUCGCUAAACUUCUUUGCUGGGAAAAGAUUUCCGAGAAGGGAGAAAUCGCCAUUUGGAGGAAGAGAAUCAAUGCUGAAUCCUGCCCUGGAAGGCAAGAUGAAAACCCCAUAAAUGUAUGCAAAGCAACAAACCCUGAUGAUGUUUGGUACAAGAAGAUGGAAUCUUGUGUUAACCAAUAUCCUGAAGUUAGUAGUGCUGAAGAGGUUGCAGGAGGUGAAUUGAAGCCAUUCCCUCAAAGGCUAAAAGCUAUUCCACCUAGAAUAGCUAGUGGUUCUGUGCCUGAUUUCUCAGUCAAAUCUUAUCAAGGAGAUGUCAAACUGUGGCAAAAGCAUGUUAAAGCUUAUAAGAAAAUCAAUAAGUUACUUGACACGGGAAGGUACCGCAACAUAAUGGAUAUGAAUGCAGGUUUGGGUAGCUUUGCAGCAGCAAUUGAGUCUCCAAAAUUAUGGGUGAUGAAUGUUGUUCCUACAAUUGCUGAGAUGUCUACAUUAGGUGUUAUUUAUGACCGUGGGUUAAUCGGCAUAUAUCAUGACUGGUGCGAAGCUUUUUCAACUUACCCAAGGACAUAUGAUCUCAUACAUGCCAAUGGUGUUUUCAGCUUGUACCGGAACAAGUGCAAAAUGGAAGACAUUCUUCUUGAGAUGGACCGAAUUUUGCGUCCAGAGGGUGCAGUCAUAUUCCGUGAUGAUGUGGAUGUCUUGAUUAAGGUAAAGAAGAUCGUCGGUGGCAUGAGAUGGAACAUUAAGUUGGUCGACCAUGAGGAUGGCCCCCUUGUUCCGGAGAAGAUAUUGGUCGCCGUUAAGCAGUACUGGGUCGGUGGAAACAAAAGUAAGAAAGACAAGCAUUGAGGGAUGCUGCUGGUCCCAGAAGUCGGCAUCAUUUCCACGUAAUUUGAUCCUUGAUCCAGCUUUAAUUCCUGCAAUGCCACCAUCAAAUGGCUCCUCAAUUUCAUCAGCCAACUUCAAACAAGGGAAAAUUCUUUAGCUGGAGUUCUUGUAACAAUGUUUUGUUUGCUUAGAGGCCUUAAGCUUUUCUAUCAGAACUCCCUUUUAUUUGUAAUGAUGAAGUUGCCAUCAUUACUUCUGGUGUUUCCUCUUCGUUGGUAGAUUGUCAUGAAGAAGAGAUCUGUGGUUUUUGGCUGCGAUGUUGCUUCUACUGACUAUGAAGUUCUAGUCCAAGAUUAUUA